AUGGCGCAACCCACUCUCACAGACUUUCCGCUCAACGGGCGCGGCCAUGUUAAUCCCCGGCUCAGGCAGACUAACAACCCGGAAAGUCUCGCGAUAGAGGCGACUCUGUCUUUACAGAUAUCUGCGCCUUCUGAAGAGCAACAGAAAAUGACCACGUCUCAGGGAUUUGUGUCUUUCAAGGAUGUGACUGUGGACUCCACUCAGGAGGAGUGGCAGCGGCUGGACUCUGCUCAAAGAAACCUGUAUGGGGAUGUGAUGCUGGAGAAUUAUAGCAACCUUGUUUCAGUGGACUUUGAAAUUAGACCCAAAAUGAAAGAAUUAACUUCACAGAAGAGCAUUUCUGAAGAAGUAAUACUCCAUAACCUGAUAGGAUACUCAAUUUUUGAAGACUGGAACCUUGAAGAUGAGAUAAAUCACCAGGAAAACCAAGACAAGCUUUUGAACCAAGUUGCAUUCAUUAACAAUAAAUCACUGACUGAGGAGAAGUCACAACUCACUGUACAUCAGAGAACUCAUACAGGAGAGAAACCCUAUGAAUGUAGGGAAUGUGGAAAAGCAUUCAUACAGAAGUCAAACCUCAUUAUUCAUCAGAGGACUCAUACUGGGGAGAAACCAUAUGAAUGCAAUGAAUGUGGGAAAGCCUUCACCUGGCAGUCACAGCUCAUUGUACAUCAGAGAAUUCAUACUGGGGAGAAACCCUAUGAAUGCAGUGAAUGCAGAAAAGCUUUUAUCCAGAAAUCACAACUCAUUGUGCAUCAGAGAAUCCAUACUGGAAUGAAACUAUAUGAAUGCAUUGAGUGUGGAAAAGCGUUUAGCAAGAACACUAAUCUUAUUCAACAUCCAAGAGUUCAUACUGGCGAGAAACCUUAUGAGUGUAAUGGAUAUGAAAAAGGCUUUAGUCAUAAGUCAUCCCUUAGAAAUCAUGAGAGAAUUCAUACUGGAGAAAAACCCUACCCUUGUAAUGAAUGUGGGGAGGCUUUCAGCCAUGUUUCAGCCCUUACUCAACAUCACAGAAUUCAUACUAGAAAGAAACAAUAUGCGUGUAUUGAAUGUGGGAAAACCUUCAGCCAGAGCACACAUCUUAUUGAACAUCAGGGAAUUCAUUCUGGGGAGAAAUCCUACCAGUGUAAGGAAUGUUGGAAAGUUUUUUGCCACAGCACAUCAUUAAUUCGACACCAGAGAACUCACACAGGAGAAGAACCUUAUGAGUGUAAUGAAUGUGGGAAAGCAUUAGGCCAUACCCCAGCCUUCAUUCAACAUUAGAGAAUUCAUACUGGAGAGAAACCUUAUGUUUGUAAGGAAUGUGGAAAAACAUUCAGCCGAGGUACACACCUUACUGAACAUGUAAAAAUCCAUUCUGGUGAGAAACCCUAUCGAUGUAAUGAACGUCAAAAACUCUUUUGCUAUAGAACAUCACUAAUUCGACAUCAGAGAAUUCAUACAGGAGAGAAAACCUACCAAUGUAAUGAAUGUGGAAAAUCCUUCAGUUUAAGCUCAGCCCUUACUAAACGUAAGCAAACACAUACAGGGGAGAAGCCUUAUCAAUGUAAUAAAUGUGGUGAUUUUUUUCAUAGUACAUCUUUAAUCUGACAUCAGAGCACUCAUUUCAGAAAUGAAACCCUAUCAGAGUAA